AUGUAUAUCCAAUGGUAAUUCCUUUACCAUUUCCUUAUUCUCUAUAAUAAAUUCUUUCCUGUUUAGCGACCCACAUUUACUUUCCUUCAAAAUUCACGAUUCCAGGUCUAUUUCUUGCACAUUCCUGGUUUUCACUAGUCCACCACUGCCCCCUUCACUAUCCUGCCUCGCUCGGCUCCUUGUCUUCACUUUAUAACUCACGUUUUUGACUAGGGUUACCAUCUCUUCCAAAGUCGCCUUAUGAUGUAUGGGUGAGGCAUAUUUUUUUUUACAAGAACACGGAAAAUCAUUCUCGUAAACGAGUUCCAUAACCACCCCAAGCUGAAAUCCACACUAGCCUUCCGACCAUUGAGGACAUCUUGGAAAACUGAUGCCUCAAGAAGACGGCGCCCAUCAUUAAGGACGCUCACCAUUCGGGAUAUACCCUCUUUGCAUUGCUACCAUGAGGGAGGAGGUACAAGAGGUUGGAGACCCAGAAACCCUUAUGAAGAGCGUACUCCGGUCCGCAAUCAGAUCCAUGAACAAUACCUCGUCACUCCUCUUGCACUAGCGGGGCAUAAGGAUGCUGAGGGAGCUCCGGCGACGCUUCAGCCCAUUGGUCCCUGCCCUGACGGAAGUGUGCUGGCGCGGUGUUUCCGGUGCGGGGCGGGCGGACGGGCGGGCCGGGCCGAGUUGAUGAUGUGGGAAGAGGUCGGCGUCGGGCUGUGGGCUGUAUUCACGGGUUAAAGUGCGUUACCAGCCGUGUCGUCGAGGAAAGUAAAACCGGUCGCGUUGGUCGGCGGGACGGCGUCUCCCGCCGGCUUUAUGUGGAGCCAUGAUUCGCUGGAUACGGCAGCAGCUGGGAUUUGACCCACCACAUCAGAGUCCCACAAGGACAAUAUAUGUUUCCAAUCACUUCCCUCAGCACAUUCAUUUUGUUCACCAGAAGUUUCCAGACAACAGGAUAAUAUCAUCCAAGUACACAAUUUGGAAUUUUAUCCCUAAAAAUUUAUUUGAACAAUUCAGAAGAAUAGCCAAUUUCUACUUUCUUGUAAUUUUUCUUGUACAAUUAAUGAUAGAUACUCCAACAAGUCCCUUCACCAGUGGUCUGCCAUUGUUCUUUGUAAUUACAGUAACUGCAAUUAAACAGGGUUAUGAAGAUUGGUUACGGCAUAAAGCGGACAAUGAAGUAAAUAACACCCCUGUGUAUGUAAUUCGGAGUGGUAGUCUUGUCCAGACAAGAUCACAAAACAUAAGGGUUGGUGAUAUCGUCAAAAUAGAAAAAGAUCAAACCUUUCCAACAGAUUUAGUGCUGCUGUCGUCUGACCGAGCAAAUGGGACAUGUUACGUCACUACAGCAAGUUUGGAUGGAGAAACUAAUCUGAAGACCCAUCGUGCAGUUCCAGAAAUAGCAAAGUUGCAGACGGUUUUUCAACUGGACAAUCUAAGGGCUGUUAUAACCUGUCACCAACCUGAGCCAGAUUUAUAUAGAUUUGUUGGUCAGAUUUCAGUAAAAGGAGCUCAAGGUGACAUAGUAAGGCCUCUGGGACCAGAAAACCUUCUACUUAAAGGAGCAAGUUUGAAAAAUACCAGCCAAGUCUUUGGUGUGGCUGUUUACACAGGAAUGGAUGCUAAAAUAGCGUUGAAUUACAAGAGUAAAUCACAAAAACGUUCCUCUGUGGAAAAGUCCAUGAACACCUUUCUUAUAGUCUUCCUGGGAAUUCUUGUGUUUGAAGCGGUUUUCAGUACUAUCUUGAAAUAUAGUUGGUUGUAUGAAUCUCCAUAUAAUGAAAGAACUUCACAGGAAAAAAACAGCAGCAAAAUCUUGACAGGUAUAUCUGAUUUCUUGGCUUUCAUGGUGCUAUACAACUACAUCAUUCCAAUCUCACUUUAUGUUACCGUUGAGAUGCAAAAAUUCUUGGGAUCCUUUUUCAUUGUGUGGGAUCUUGAUUUAUACCAUGAACUUUCCGGUCAGCGGGCACAGGUUAAUACCUCUGACCUUAAUGAAGAACUUGGACAGGUGGAGUAUGUAUUAACAGACAAAACUGGAACACUGACUGAAAAUGAAAUGAAAUUCAGGGAAUGCUCCAUUAAUGGCAUUAAGUACAAAUAUAUGAAUGGGGGUUUGGUCCCUGAAGGAGUGACUGGAGAAACUAACAGACAAACUUUUACUAAUGAAGAGGUGCUAUUCUUGAAGGCAAUAUCCCUGUGUCACACAGUGCAUAUUAGUGACUUGGAAGAGCCGCACAGAUCUACUCCAAAGCAUGUUGUUACUGAUUUAUCCAAAAUACAAUACUAUGCUGCCUCACCAGAUGAGAAAGCUUUGGUGGAAGCUGCCAGAAGAAUCGGAGUUGUAUUUGCAGGAUCUGAUGACAAUAGUGUAAUACUUAGCACAUUUGGAACGACUGAAAGAUACAAACUACUUGAUGUUUUAGAGUUUGAUGCAGAUCGCAGGCGAAUGAGUGUGAUUGUUGAAACACCAGAAGGAAAACUGGUAAUGUUCACCAAAGGGGCAGAAUCCUCCAUCAUUCCGUUAGCAAAAUCAGGGGCAGUAUCUGUGAUGAAUGCACACGUGGAUGAACUUGCUAUGAAAGGAUUACGAACGCUCUGUAUAGCCUGCAAAUUUCUAUCCAAGGAAGAGUAUAAAGAAAUAGAAUCUCAGCUACACACAGCCAGGACAUCUCUACACCAUCGUGAGCAAGUUAUAGCAGAUACUUUCAACAUUAUUGAGAAAGACCUCCACCUGCUGGGAAUUUCUGGAAUAGAGGACAAGUUGCAAGACAAAGUACCUGAAACAAUUGAGGCUCUUAAAUUAGCAGGCAUCAAAGUGUGGGUUCUUACAGGCGAUAAGCAAGAAACUGCAAUUAGUGUGUGUUUAUCCAGUGGGCACUUUCACAAGGCGAUGAGUAUUUUGGAGCUUACUAAUCAGAAAUCUGACAGUGAAUGUGCUGAGCAACUUCGCAGGCUUACUAGCAGACUGGAAAAUGAUCACGUGACUCAGCAUGGCUUAGUUGUGGAUGGAAGCAGCCUUUCACUUGCACUCAGAGGGCAUGAAGAAUUGUUCAUUGAAAUCAGCAAAAGCUGCAGUGCUGUGUUAUGUUGUCGAAUGGCACCACUACAAAAAGCAAAAGUAGUCAGACUUUUGAAAACGUUGCCAACCAAGCCAAUUACCUUGGCAAUUGGUGAUGGUGCAAAUGAUGUCAGCAUGAUACUGGAAGCAAAUAUUGGUAUAGGAAUCAUGGGUAAAGAAGGCCGACAAGCAGUGAGAAACAGUGAUUAUGCAGUAGCAAGAUUCUGCUUCCUCACUAAAUUACUUUUUGUCCAUGGUCAUUUCUAUUACAUUAGAAUAUCACAUCUUGUACAAUACUUUUUUUAUAAGAAUGUCUGUUUUAUCACGCCUCAGUUUUUAUACCAGUUCUUCUGUAUGUUUUCACAACAGACAUUGUAUGACGGUGCUUAUUUGACGUUGUACAACAUUUGCUUCACUUCCUUACCCAUUCUCAUGUACAGUUUGUUUGAACAAGAUGUGCAUCCUCGGGUACUACAGAGCAAACCAUCAUUGUACAAGGAGAUUAGCAAAAAUGAGGUUUUGUCUCUGAAAAGAUUUCUGUAUUGGACUCUACUAGGAUUUUGUCAUGCCUUUAUAUUUUUCUUUGGUGCUUAUCUUCUGAGGGGAGAAGAAGAUAUGUCCAUGAUGGGAAAUGGUCAGAUGCUUGGAAAUUGGGCAUUUGGCUUUCUCGUCUUCACAGUUAUGUUUAUAACUGUUACAUUAAAGCUUGGAGUAGAGACUCAUUACUGGACCUGGAUAAACCAUUUUGUUGUGUGGGGUUCAAUAAUUUUUUACAUUGUGUUCUCUUUGGUUUAUGGAGCAGCACUUUGGCCAUUUUUGCAAUUACAAAACAUGUAUGCAGUCUUCAGUCAUUUGUUGUCCAGUGCUUCAGUCUGGCUUGGCAUUAUCGUCAUAGUAGUUACCUGUUUGUUUCCUGAUGUCCUAAGGAAAGUAUUUUGGAGACAUGCACGACCUACUUUGGCACAAAGAUCACAGAUAUACAACAACAAAAUUGCUUUAGGGGAUGACAGAAUCGCUCUACAGCCAUUGUCAAGGGCCAGGAAUCAACUGAGCAAGAUUAGUUCUUGGAGACCAAAUCUGGUGUCACCUGCAUGGAAUCACUUUGCUGUUACUCAAGCAGAGAAACAGGAUGUUCACCUUUUAGAAGAGUAUUAGACCAAAUAAUGGGAAGAUGCAAUUCCUUGCGAGUCAACAGAUCUUGGAGUGACUUGGAUCCCCACUGCACGAAUGACACAACCAUUUUGACACUCUCAUCAAUGGAUGGCCCUUCACAUGCAUCAAGGAUUUAAUGGUUGAGUGAAAGCAUGGUGAAUGCUGUGUCUUUCUAGAGCUUUUGAUUUUCAGUUCCAAUUUUUACCUCUGAGUCAAAGGGGAGAAUAAAAUAUUUAUGUGAAUAUCUGCCUUUGGCCACCAUACAUCUAUGUUUAUUUGCAUGAAUGCCCUAUUCUCAUUCAAAUAAGUACGGCAUUUUAGAAGAAGCAAGGACCCUAAUGACAAUAAAGAUUGUAAUUUAUUUGUAAAUAGUUGUAACUUACCAUAUUUUCCUCUUUUUACAAAUGAUCUAUUUCUGAAGCUAUAUUUUUCUAUUUUUGCUUUCUCAGACAGAGAAUGGGAUAACAACUUUCAUAUGGUACAUCCACUUUUGGACUCAAUCUGCACUAAUGUUAAAUUAAAUUUUUUGACAUGCAAGGUAGCUAUUUAGACAAACAAGUAACUUUAAAGAUAUGGAAUUUCACGCAUCUGACAUUCUUGUAAUCCUCACUCUGGUAGUACUUUCUCCAUUCUAAUUGCUCUCCCUGUUGGAUAUUGCAGUCAGUAAUUAACUGAAUGGUUAACCCAUGGUUUGCAGUUAACAAUGGAGAUGUAGUAGGAGGCAACAAAGUGGUACAGUGAAAAAGAGAGGUGACAUUUUGCAAUAUAUUUUUAAGAGAUGGUGAUCAACUUUUUUAAUUUAAAUGUUUAAAAAAAAUGGGGUUUUCAAAACUGGACAUGAAAGUGAAGGCCGGGAAGUUGCAAUUCGGGAAGAAAUUAAAAUGAAUGAAUGAAAAAUCAGAAUGGUGACUGUAGAAGUGAUCUGUCAGUUAGCUCCGGAGUUUGCCUAAGCUUCAAGUACUUGGCGAUUGCAUUCUAUGGGAGAUUUGGGUAUGUUAAAGUACAGGGACAGAUUAGGAAACUAAUUCAUGAUUUGGACUUCUAAAUGUUGGUUUAAGUUACUAAGGGUAAGAGGUAUAUCUUGUGAGUUAAUUUAUUGGUCAAUGGUUUAGCCUUUGAAACUAUUCUGUGCUCUUAUAUAGAAGAAUAUAAAUCUCUAGAUAAAUCAACCCUUAGUCAUCUGCAAACAUCAGUUUAAUUUUUGCAUCACACAGAUUUCAGUGAUUUUUAUAUAAAAUUACAUUGCUUGUAUAAACAAGCUAAUAUUGCCAAACUAUAAUGAAUGCAAUUGCAUGUCUCAAACUGGCAAUUGCUAAGCUAAUUUGUUAACAAUGUACAGUAUUGCUAAAACUAUGUAAUGAACACCAGCUAUACUGAACUAUUGUCACAGCAAGUAAUUGGUAUUCGAAAAAGGCAUCUUAUUCUGCAAGUAAUGUAUAUUGUUAAAAUGAAAUUACAUUCUCAUUUGGUUUAUCACUUGAGUUUCUCUGCAGAGGUUUGAACGUUAUACAGGUUGAGUAUCCCUUAAUGAAACUGUGUGCAGGGUAACAAAAGCAGAUCAGCAGCACUUGGAGAAUACCUGAAUCAACAACAGACAACCCAGACUUUCAGUCUCCAGCUACGAUGCCAUGUUUUGAUUAAAAGGUUACAGCAGACUAUAUUUGUAUUUUACUUUUUUUCUUAGAUUUUAUGCAAGGUUUAAAAACAACCAGCAUUGUAAACUUGUUAUGAUGUUAGUUUUCAUCAGCAAUGAUCUUCACAAACAUAUAAAUUUCUCUGCUGCUUCAUGAUCAACAGACUUUAAAAUAUUUCAAGAUCUUUGAAAAUGUAAUGUUGUGCCUUUUCUCAAAUUUCUAUAACCAGCCUGUUGAAUAUUCACAAUUACCUUCAAUUUUCAGUUUGGUGUGAUAAAUCUUUGUUCAUUUCAUGAUGGGCAUACUGUUAAGUGGCAUAGGUUCAGUCCGACACUGACGAGUCCAUUCUUUCAGUAUGAGAUUUUGAGAUUGAGAUUCAGAUCUUCAUUUUUAACUUUGGUGUUUUUUCUAUUUUUGUUACCUUCUGUUCGUUGUAUUUGUGAGGGCACCUCUCAGAAUUGUCUGUGGUGAGCAGAGACCUGUGCAUCACCUGCGAACCUUCCUAGCGCCUUGUUGAAUUUUCCACUUGUGACAUCAUGUCAGCGUUGAAAAGAACUUUACGAUUUUGGACAAAGGGUACUCAACCUAGAAUUAUAUUUCCCAGUUAUUUAUUUUUUAAUGUUUGCCAUUUCUGUGAAAAUCAGUUUUAAAAAAGUGUAAUUUAACAGAAACAGGGUUGCAUAUAUCCCUUGAUUAUAUCCCUGUUACAUAUAAUUUACAUAGUAUUGUAUAUACUGAUUAAUCACAUCUCAGUUCAUAUUUUCCAUAUGUGCUACUGCAUAUAUUCACCAGGUAAAAGGCAUUUUUACAGUUUAUACUUCUCUGUGAACUGGUUUAAAUAUAAUUCCAGAAUAAAAGGAAGCAAAUACUAUUAAUUAGGUGCAGGCUGUAUCACAUUUAACUGCAAACAAGAGAAAAUCUGUAGAUGCUGGAAAACUAAGCAACACAAACUACUGGAGGGACUCAGCAGGCCAGGCCAGGCACUGUACUAUGAAAGACACUUUGGCAGCACUGGAAAACAUUGACUGUUUACUCCAGCCCUCUUCUUCACCUGUCACCUUAUACUUCUCCCUCCCCUCCCAACUCUGACUCCAGUCCUGCUGAAGGUUCUUGGCCUGAAAUGUUGACUGUGCUCUUUUCCAUAGAUGCUGCCUGGCCUGCUGAGUUCCUCUAGUAUUUAGUGUGUAUUGCUCAUACUUAACUGGGAAGUUUUGUCUGACAACAUUCACUAGUGGCGGGGUGGGGGGGGGGGGGGUUUGAAAUGCUGGGGAAAGCCUUGUUACCUACUAACGAAUGAUUUUAGCUGUGUCCUUGCUUCCUGAAACUACUUACUCAUUUUGGACUACCCAUUUUAUGAGUAAACUGUCCCAAGUUCUACAAACAAACCAGAGGUGUUUUUAAAAAAAACCCAAUGAUGAGCAGUUAACCAAUAUCAAUGUUCAGCCAGAAACCCUCUUGCACAAUACAGUAUCCAUUUAUCCAUUCUCGAAGAGUUCAAAAUCAUGGAUACUCACCCAAUGCGGGUAAAGAGGAAGUUAGAAUUCCACAGAACAAGUUAAAUUUGGAUCUAUUGCUGGCCUUGCAUGGAUUUCAAUGCUGAAUUAAUUUUAUACCAAAAAUUCAUAUUUAUACAUUUUUUAAACCUACAAUGAUUUGAGAUGUGGAUUGAGUAAAUCUGAACAAGAUACCUUCUAAGUGAGAUUUGAGAGAGAGUAUAUUUAAAUACAACAAAUCAAAGCUUUAAAGGCUUUUGUACACCUGGAUCCUGACCUUUCUUCAAAGUCUGUUGUAAGCUCUUGUAUUAUGGAAACAUAAACAGAGCUUGAUUCAAAAUAAUUUUUUGCUAUAUUGACAAAUAAUCACAUUUCAUGGAGGUUGUAGGAACUUGUUUGUGACAGUUGAUAAUUUUGGCUUAUAAAUGCAGUGGUGCAGAUACUUUGGUACAAUUCACUGAGUAGCAAUAAAAAAUGUGGAUCUUGGGCACUAGUCAACAUUUUGUGGAGUUGCAUUAUAUUUUUAAAAUUAAAAUUGUUACUUUGAGUUGCCUCAAGCUAUUCUACAUUGGUGGAGCUUUGUCUACAACCGGUAUGUUCAUAUUUAUCAAUAAAGAGAAGAAAAUA